AUGGCUCCAAAGCGUAUCUCAACCAAAAAGUACAAAUGCUACUGUCCAGUAUGCAGAAUUAAAGCAGGAGGAUAUAAUACCAUAUCUGCCCAAACACUUAAACGUCAUAAGAGAGAUGAACAAAUUGCAAUCAGAGUGCAAACCAAUAGACAUAGGGAAAAAAAUAUGUUUUUAUUUUUAAUAUGGGAGCAAGAACUGAAUGACAGCGAAGAAGAGGUAGAAAUAACUGCUCGGACAAGGGACUUACCUCUUUCUGAAUCCGAUGCCAUACUUGGUGUUGAAGGUAACGAGUAUGCAGCAAACGAUGAUUCUGAAGGUGACAUGAGUGAUGAUGAAGAAAUAAGGAAAAAAAAAUCUUUCAAGUCUAUCUCGGAAUUGGGUUUCAGCCACCGUUUCAUUGCAAUCGUUGUUGACUUAUUCGUAUCAUUGUAUGCUAUUGACAAAGGCGCAGUAAUUUUGAUUUCCAUUGUCAACAAGAUUCUCGAAUUCUUUAACGAUUCAUUUCGUCUCCCGUUGAGCAUUUCUAGGCUCAGCAACUUGCAGGAUUCGGAAGUUCAACAAAAGGAAUCAAGAAAUACACUACCUGCGGUGAAUGUCAUACGAUAUACAGUUGUGUUUAGAAACUGGGUGUUAUUCGUCAAGGCAUAUCGAAUCUUAGUUAUGCCAAAUGUCUGUGAAAGUGACAUUGCCUCGACCCACAAGUAUCUCGAGAAGUUUUGCCAAAAGUGUGAGACACUAUACAACUUGGAUCUAAUCUCUCCAAACAUGCACUUACACCUCCACCUGCAAGACACCAUUUGCGACUUUGGACCUGUAUACGGUUACUGGUUGUUAAGUUUUGAACGAUAUAACAGUAUCCUGAAAAACAUAAAGUCCAACAGGAAAACUGGAUUCGAGUUAACAUAUGCAAGGCAAUUCGUUGAGGAUGUUCAUAAACAAUAUAUAAUCAGCCGCAUUAUGGAAUCUACCGAUACUCGCGCAUACAUGGAUAUCUUUCAAAAAAUCACAAAACAACAACAAAAAAUAGCAUCAACAAUAACCUCAUACUCCAUUUUCUUCUCACUCGCCAACUUUAUCACUGCCACGCUGGACGUAUCGAAGUCGAUUAAAGGCAACGAACCUCUCCCACCAACUACAUUUCCUUUGGCAAAGAAGCAUAUGUCAUCAAUGUCAACACCAAAGUACAACUCCCUUGUUGAGUACUACCAGGUUGCAUACAACGACGGAAUGAUAUCUAGUUGCAAGAAUUGCAUGACUAGUUCUUCAUUUGUAAAUCAUCGUAUCGAGAUAUUGGAGUCUAUUAACAUAUUAGGGCAAGUUUACAAGGGAUUUAAUGGCAAAGGACGUGGUUCCUACAUACAAGCUUUGUUUGAGGAAAAUCGCACGAAUGCCCGUUAUGGUUACAUUAGGGAGAUUCAGUACAUUUUUGUGCACACCUUCUCCCCAUCAACUAGCUACAGCAACCAACAUACUUUUGCUUUCGUCAGAUGGUUUAAAACAACAUCAGAUACGCGCAGAUGA